AAACUGUAAAGAUGGUUCGAGUAAUAACACAAGAUACCUACGAUGAAGUUGUGAAAGAAAAUAUGGAGGAGUUCGACAUGAGUGCUGAGGAAGCUAUAAAGGAGGCAAUAGCUCAGUUUGAGGCCCAGGGUGUAGACCUGUCAAACAUAAUGAAAGACUUAUGCCUGGGUAGUGGAGAUGAUCGUCUUGUGUCUACAACUGUGGCUCAAUUGAAAGAACUUAAUAAGAGUGAUGAGGAUGAUGAGAUUUUGAAACACUUGGAUAUUUUGAAGGCAGAAUGCAACAAAGACAUAGCUCACCGUGUCCGUGCGGGUAAAGACGGCGUUUACAAAAUACUCAUAGAUCUGUUAGAAGCAAGAUAUAAGCAAUAUCAUAAAGAUAACGAGGUUGACAAGAGAAUUGUAGUUGAAACCCUGAACUGUUUGACAGCAUUGAUGGAUACGCAGCCUGACUUGCUGGAUGAUCAUGGUAUUGAUUUGAUUAUGAGAAUUCUAGAAGAAACAAAGAAUGAAGAAGUCCUAAUAGCUACUCUACAAUGGGUAACAAAUUGUUGUAUAAAACAUGAAAUAAACAGACAAAGACUGUUUGCUAAGAACAUUGCAGCUAGAUUGAAAAUUUUGCUUUCCAGUAAAAAUCAAAAGUUGAUAAGCGAAUGUUUGCAAGUCAUACGAAAGUUUACCCUAGAUGACGACAUCAGAGUUGAAUUUGGAAGAGCACACGAACAUGCGAGGGAACUUGGUGUUCUAUUAUUGGAACCGCUUAUGGCAUUAUUGAAAGUUCGUUUUACGUCCACAGAUAACACGAAGCCACCACUAGUGUCAGAGUUAAUGUUGACCAUAGCCACCUUACUGGUGAGACAUGAAUUAUGCAAGAUGGCGUCUGACAUUGGCGUGAAUUCUUUAUUUACUGUGCUGACUGACAAUUAUGAUAAUUCCGUUGUAGCACAACAGGCGAAUAAAUUAAUAACAGCCCUAGCUGGUAACGACGAAGUAAAAAGGGAUCUUGUGAAGAGUGGCAUUGUGCCUAUUGUAACUUCUCUUCUUACUAGACAUUCUAACAACGCGAUAUCAACAGCAUUGACCCUUAAAACGAUAGCAGCGCUCUCCCUACGUGAACCUGGUCAUAGUAAACAAUUCCUCGACAGUGGCGCUCCAGAGGGCAUAGUGCAGUGCUUAAAGAUACACCCCAAUGACUCAGCUGUGCAGAAAAACGCUUGCUGGGCAAUUCGCAACCUAACAGCGCGGUGUCGAGAGUACAAUUCUAAAUUCCACGAACUCGGCAUAGAGGCUUUGCUGAACGCAGCAUACGACAAGUUUAACAAAGAUUUUGGGUUCGAUAUAAAGUCCGCGUUGAGAGAUUUGGACUGUAAUGUUAAGUUAGACGAACAGUGGACUGGCAAAGGAGUACAAAUGGAACAAUAAUGCACCAUAAUAGUUAUUUUUGAUACAAGUGCGGAAACUUAGUUAUUAUUCACGAGCCUCGAGGUAAG